AUUCCCUGUUUCCCUUCCCCUGACUUUUUAUAGUAAUAUUUUAUUAUCUCUCUACUGUCUUCUGCCUUCUAAAACUCACCUUCUUCCAAGGCCCUCCUCUGUUUCUUCUCCUUCAAAACCUCAAAUCCCAUUUGAUCAAACCUUUUCCCACAUCUUAUCAUCCACCAUGGGAGGAGGAAAUGGGCAGAAAUCCAAGAUGGCACGUGAGAAGAACCUGGAAAAGCAAAAAGCUGCUGCCAAAGGAAGUCAGCUUGAGUCUAACAAGAAGGCCAUGACCAUCCAGUGCAAGGUGUGCAUGCAAACAUUCAUGUGUACCACAUCAGAAGUGAAGUGCCGGGAGCAUGCUGAAGCGAAGCAUCCUAAAUCUGAUGUAUCCACGUGUUUUCCUCAUCUUCAAAAAAUUGACUUGACUUACUUUACCUCCUACCUGCUUCUCGCCCUUUUAAGUUUUCCUUCUCUGUUUUUGUUUUACUUCUUCCUUACCUCUCUUUGUCUCUCUGCAAUGGCUCCUCUUUCUUUGUUGUCCUUGUUUCUUUCUUUCCUUCUAUUUCUUUCGCCUGCUAUUUCAACCAACUCUGAAGGAAAUGCUUUGCAUGCCUUGAGAAGCAGGCUUUCUGACCCCACCAAUGUGUUGCAGAGUUGGGACCCUACUCUUGUCAAUCCCUGCACCUGGUUUCAUGUCACCUGUGAUUCUAACAAUCAUGUGAUUCGUUUGGACUUAGGGAACUCUAAUAUCUCUGGGACUUUGGGGCCUGAGCUAGGUCAACUCCAACAUCUGCAGUACUUGGAGCUUUAUAAAAAUGACAUACGAGGGAAAAUUCCUGAGGAGUUGGGUAAUCUGAAGGACCUUGUUGGCAUGGAUUUGUAUGGUAACAAGUUUGAAGGAGAAAUACCCAAGUCUUUCGCCAAACUGAAGUCACUGAGAUUCCUUCGUCUUAACAACAACAAGCUAACAGGAUCAAUUCCAAGGGAGCUCACUACCCUCUCAAACCUCAAAGUAUUUGAUGUUUCUAAUAAUGAUCACUGUGGAACAAUUCCCGUUGAUGGCCCUUUUUCAAUGUUUUCAAUGCGAAGCUUUGAAAACAACAAGCGUCUUAAUGGACCGGAGCUGAAAGGACUUGUGCCUUAUGACUUUGGCUGCUAAACAAGCUAGUGUUCACCGAAGGAACUUUGAUAAAAGUACAAGAAUUGUAAUGCCCUAUCUUAUGAUGUAGCAGUGGGACUGCCUGCUAUUUCUAUGUAGUUUAGUUUGAUAGUGGUGUUGUUUUACCUUUAUAGUCUGCAGAAUAAAAUGAUCUGGGUUUUAUAACCUCAAGUUUUGCA